UGUAAGGUGUAUUGAGGGCGUUAACUGGAAGGCACUUUCGUUUUAAAAGCGCAUGAAAGCUUUAAACUUUGUCAAGCUCUCACGUAUACGUCGCUGGAAAGUCAGCUGAAAACGCACGGAGUUUGUUGGUGCUACAGAGUAACGUGGGAACAUGGCAUCGGGAGAUAUAAAUUUCAUAAAGUCGGUUUUACGAACGCAAGAGUUGGUCGGGGAGACAGAGGACACAAGUUUAGCUGUGCCACAGGAGGAACAGAUAGCCACGUCCCAGAAUCAUACGAAUGACAGAAGUUUCAGAGUCCAGCGACAAGUGCAACUCACCCUCGCUCGGAAGGGAAAGAAGGCAACGUCAAAUGGAAGUCUCCACCUGUCCAGGAAUCAGUCAGCAGAUGGCACAUCUGCACAAAGCUCUCUGAGUGGACACCUAUAUAACAUGAAGAUGCGUUAUUCUACAGGCCAGAUGAAUGGGGAUACCUGGGUCAGGGACUACUCCACUGACCGGUUCACUUCGAGAGAUAGCAUGAAGAGGCCCACGAUGAGGGUGGAAGUGUCACCCCCACCCAGCCCAGUGAACAUCCGCGCUCGCUACGGGACCCUCCGCUACGAGGGGGCCUGCACCUUACCUGCCCGUACCCUGACCUCCGCCCACUCCUCCCGGGUGGAGCGGACCCGGGCCACGGGGCUCUCUCACCGCUACGCCCGCUCAGAGACGCUCCAGAGCAAGAGGCUGCAGGCCUCCAGCUGUGGGGCCUUUCUAGGGGGCUUCCCCCCACAACCCCAGCAGCCGACUCACAUGGACGACGCCGUCUUCCUCCCCAGCGGGCCCCCCGCCUUCCAGCACAGGGAGUCGCUCCCUGGCUACCAGCAGCUCGGGCUCGGACAGCAGCCAGAGGGCUACACCCAGUUCCGCCACUUGCGAAGGGAGACCAAAAUGCAGCAGAGCCCGAGACAGGCCUCGUACCCGGCCUCGUACCCCGCCUCGCUGGUCAGCGUGGAGCUGGACGGCGGCAGGAGGAUGGCGGUGGCGGCAACGGCGACUGCGGGAGCCCGGGCUCAGCAACCGGCAAGAGAAGGCUCUGUUAGAGGGAGGUCCCAGGGACAGGGCACUGAGCUGACGCUGGAGAAGGCUGUUGCCAUGCUUUCCCAUGAGAACGUGAAUUUGCAGAUCGCCGCUGCCCAGUACAUCCAGCACCAGUGUUUUACCAGCUCUGAUGCCAAGAGGAUGAUGUACUACCUACAUGGCAUACCGAAGCUCAUCAGCCUGUUCCAGAGUGACAGCGAGCAACUGCAGGCAGCCGCCGCUGGUGUCCUGAGAAACGUCGUCUUCGAGAGCAAUGAAAACAAGAUGGAGGUAAAGGACAAUGAGGGAAUCGCAGCGGCGCUGCAACUCCUGAAGAGCUCCCGGGACAUAGAGACCAGGAAGCAACUCACCGGGCUGCUUUGGAACCUGUCCUCACAUGACCUCCUGAAGGAUUACCUUUCCAGAGAGGCCACACACGUUCUAACAAAAUCUGUCCUUAUACCCUGCUCUGGCCUCUGCGAGGGAGACAACCCCAAGGAUGACCUGUUGGCCCAUCCAGAUAUCUUCUACAAUGCCACUGGCUGCCUGCGCAACAUGAGUUCGGCAGGGCCAGAGGGACGGAAAACCAUGCGCGAGUGUGACUCGCUCAUCGACUCGCUUGUGCAUUACGUCCGUGGAACCAUCGCUGACCGAAAUCCCGACGACAAGUCCACAGAGAACUGUGUUUGCAUCCUGCACAACCUGUCAUACCAAAUGGAGACAGAGGUACCACAGAAGUACUUUGCUGAGAUGAGCGAAUCGCAACAAAACCUGGUCACAAAGACCAAGACACCCGGCUGCUUUGGGGUACGAAGCACCAAAGCCCUGCAGCAGUCAGAGACAGAGAGGCCUUUGCUGGAGGAGAAGAGUAACCCUCAUGGUAUGGAGUGGCUGUGGAGUCCCAUCACAGUACGGAUGUACCUGUCCCUGAUGGCCUGCAGUUCCCGCAAGUACAGCCAGGAGGCGGCCCUGGGCGCCUUGCAGAACAUCACAGCUGGAAAUGGAGCGGUGUCGCGGGCGAUGGCUCACACCAUUGUGCAGCGGGAGGGAGGGCUCCAGAAGGUGAAGAAGAUGCUUGACGAUGGCGAACCGGACGUGAAGAGAGCAGCUGUGUCCCUACUGAGGAACAUCUCUCGCUAUCAGGAGCUGCAUGCCGACAUCGUCAAACAGGUAUUACCUGAGCUGAUCUCCAUGCUGUCAGGGUCUAACACAGACGUGCCCACCGAAGUCAAAAUAUCCCUCUUCCACAUCCUACUCAACAUCAGUCAGAAUGAAGCACAGAACGCCCUCGCCAUCGUCAACCACGGUGGGCUUGGAAAGAUCGUCAACAUCAGCGCAAAGGACUAUGGGUCCAUUCCUUCCAGGGAGAGCCAGGUGGCAUCCAUGUUGCUCCAUGCCAUGUGGAGACAUAGAGAUCUGCAUGGGGCCUACAGGAAGGCGGGAUACAAAAAAGCAGCGUUUAUCAAUCAAAGGACGGUCAGAGCAGUCAGUUCAGCCCAAAACUGAGAGCGCAAGAGGCCUCUUGUGCGCGUAUAUGGUGUUCCACCCUGGGCUAGUACAACACUGCGUCUGUACUCUCUCACGUUUGCUCCACCUCACCCCUGCAAAAAAAAAAAAUCUGACUCGGGACAAUCAAACCACAGCAACCACUCGGUCCACGCUAUUCCGAUCAUCAAAGAAUUUUCUUAAAUUGCACAUGUACUUUUCUGAGGCUCUCAGGUUCGGCCUAACAGUAGAGUCUGGCUGUACUCAUGCCCCUCCAGCAUGGUGCUCACGUAGACUGUGCUCAGCAAGAAUGCAGCCCCCCCCCAUGUAAUGCAGAGGUUGCGUUUCAGACGGAAAGUGUAUUCCCUGCUCUCUGCAGCCUGCAAAGUUGACAGUAAACAGUUGAAAGGGGCUAACGGCCUAGGGAGCAUGUGCAGCUCGUCCUGAAUGCACCUUGAAGUGAACACUGACAUCAUCACUGCAUCCUGAUGUCACUGCCUGAUCUGUUUUGCUUGUUAUCCUGAGGUUCUCCUUGGAGGAGGUGGUGGAUUGAUUUUAAACCUGAGCUUUCCCAUUAACUUUGUCAGCCUGCGUUUAAAUGAUUGUUUGCUAGCUGGCUAACUUGUUUCAUUUUUUGACUGCCAGAAAUGGUUUGACCUAACUGUCAAGGCCAUUAUACUACAGACUAGCUAGCUAGCUUGCUUUGCCUGUGAAAAUUUACAAAACAUUUAGACUUCAGGCUUCUGCAGCCUUCCUUGGUAUCAGUGGUACUGUCUGAGAAAGGCUCUUACCCAUGACCAUCUAGCACUGUUCCCAUCCAGACAUGCCACUGACUGUAUGAAUGUUGUGUGCCAUUUUGUAAGAUACUGUGAUAAUCUAUGUUGAUAACCUACUGUUUACCUUGUAUCCCGUUAAGUGCUAUUUUGUAUCACAUAUAUCUUUCAUGCAAGACAUGCACAGUUGAUGAUUACAAAGUGGCGCUUCACAGGAUACCGUUUUCUAUUUUUUCUAUUUUUGUAUUUGACCUCACCAUAUAUCAGUUCCAACUCAAGACAAAAGCUCACUUAAUUAAACUGAAUCCUAAUCAUUUCUUUUGCUGAUGGUAAGAAUUACUGCAAAACUCAGCAAAGUUCGAUAAUGAAUGGGUCGUCUGUGAUCUUUGUAAUUGAACUUCAUGUUACUGACAUUGAACCAUCGUCUUCUGAAAGGUGUUAAUUAGAGGGUUACAUGUUCAU